GAAAAGUCUCACAGACCCCUUUCACAAGGAUCUCUGAUCGGAGUCUGAAUCGAAGCACAGACCGGAAAUGGCGAUGGCUGGUUUGUACAGGCGAAUACUCCCUUCGCCUCCUGCUAUAGAUUUCGCUUCUUCCGAGGGAAAGCAACUUUUCAUGGAAGCCAUCCAAAGUGGAACAAUGGAAGGUUUUUUCAAGUUGAUAUCUUAUUUUCAGACACAAUCUGAGCCUGCAUAUUGUGGGUUAGCCAGCCUUUCCAUGGUCUUGAAUGCUCUUGCUAUUGAUCCGGGUAGAAAAUGGAAAGGGCCUUGGAGAUGGUUUGAUGAGUCUAUGUUGGACUGUUGUGAGCCUUUGGAAAAGGUUAAAGCUCAAGGCAUCUCCUUUGGGAGGGUUGUAUGUUUGGCUCACUGUGCAGGAGCGAAAGUUGAAGCUUUUCGCACAAAUCAGAGCACCAUUGAUGACUUUCGUAAGUAUGUUGUCGCAUGUUCUACUUUGGAUGAUUGUCAUGUGAUAUCAUCAUAUCAUAGAGGGGCUUUUAAACAGACAGGAACUGGUCAUUUUUCACCUAUUGGAGGUUAUCAUGCUGGAAGGGAUAUGGCACUGAUUUUAGAUGUCGCUCGCUUUAAGUAUCCACCUCAUUGGGUUCCACUUGCCCUUCUUUGGGAAGCAAUGGAUACUCUUGAUGAAGCAACUGGACUAAGUAGAGGGUUCAUGCUAAUAUCUAGGCUUCACAGAGAACCAGCGCUGCUGUAUACCCUGAGUUGUAAAAAUGAGAGUUGGGUCAAUACUGCAAAGUUUUUGGUGGAUGAUGUUCCCGUUCUAUUGAGUUCGGAGGAUGUAAAGGACAUCAAGGGUGUUCUAUCUGUCAUUUUCACUGCCCCGGCGUCAAAUUUUGCAGAAUUCAUCCAGUGGGUAGCAGAAGUUCGGAGACAAGAAGACAGUGGUCAGAGUCUAAGUGAUGAAGAGAAAGGAAGACUUGCCAUUAAGGAACAGGUAUUACAACAAGUACAGGAGACCAGUCUUUAUAAGCAUGUGACUGAGUUCUUAAGUUCAGAAAGGUCAUGUUGCCGAACCAUAACAACCAGGAAUAAUGAGAAUACACUAUCUGAUAUUGCAGCAAGUGUCUGUAGCCAGGGAGCAGGGUUUUUAGCAGGAAGAUCUGGAUCCUCUGAUAGGUUCUGCUGUCAGGAAACAUGUGUGAAAUGUCUGAAGGCAAAUGGAGACAAACCUGUCACAGUGGUGUCUGGAAGGGUGGUCAAUGGUAAUGGUGAGCAAGGGGUGGAUGUGCUAGUCCCUUCAUCUGAAAUAAAGCUGAGUUGCAGUGGGCAAGGCCCAAGUGGUUGCAUUGGGAUGCACCCGGCGAACAAUGAUGUACUGACUGCACUCUUAUUGGCCUUGCCACCACAAACGUGGUCUGGCAUCAAAGAGGAGAAGCUGCUUCAGGAAAUGCAUAAUCUUGUUUCAACGGAGAACCUUCCUACUCUGCUUCAAGAAGAGAUUUUGCACUUGCGAGCUCAGCUCCAUUUUCUGAAGAGAUGCAAAGAUAAUAAGGUCAUGUAUCAAGAAGCAGGGGUUGUCUUGCAGAGAUCAAGAUCUUUUAGUGAAGAGGCAAGAGUUGUCUUCCGAAGGUGGGCUUGUGAAGGAAUACGUAAAGCCAACUCAAUGUUGGAGUGGGAUCGGCUCUCAGACCACCUGUCCCAAAUUUGCCUUGCAGACCUCGUCUUUAAGACACCCCAGUUAUGUUCACCCUCUGUCAGUCUAGGACUCAAGGCUGCCUGA